AUGACGUCGUACUAUGCAAGGCUCGACAUAGCAGAGUGCUUGACAUACAUGAGGAAGAGGAGAGCACGGGAAUUCCCAGAUACCCCCAUUCCGAAGAUUUACAUCUUGGCUCACUGUCUUGGUAGUAUGGCGCUCGCCAGCGGCCUGCUAGAUGGAACCAUAUCCGCCGAAUGGGUGUCCGGAAUUACAGCCAGCCAGGUUUUCAUGAACCCCAUUCUGGCCUACCCGACCCAUUCCGCGUUCCUCGGGACCGAAAUGGUACGCAGGUUGCAGAAAAGUCUGUUCGGGAGCUGGUUCAGCCUGCGGGCCUCGACGGAUGACAGCCUAGGGCAGCGCAUCGUCAGCCAGGCUCUGCGAGCAGUACAAGUCUUGGACGAGAAGGAGCUUUGCAACAAUGCGACAUGCCACCGCGUGACUUUCACUCUGGGUCGCCUCUGGAACCACCGCAACUUGGACCAAGUCACGCAUCGGCACAUUGACGAGGUCGUUGUGGACAGUGUCACCGACAUCAGCAUACACCAACUCGAGUUCAUGGCACGCAUGAGUCGAGAAGGUCAGGUCAAGGCGGCUGGCCCGAUAUUUGAGAAUCUGGCGACGCGGGACAGGGUCACCAAGCUCAGGGGUAUACCCAUCAUGCUGUUUGCAGGGUCAGAUAACAAGCUUUUCAGCCCGGAGUCUGUCGAGAAGAGCUAUUCUCUGCUUUGCGACGUGAAUGGGCCGGAGAUGUACAAGCUCAACAUCGUGCCUGGCUAUGGCCAUCAUGACUGCUGGAUCGGAUAUAGGACCAACAUCUAUGAAUUUUCCAAAGCAUGUCUAGCGGACCCGUGGAUGAAAGAUCUCGUCGGACAAUGGACCGACGGCCUGAAAGGACAAUUUCAUGGCAUCACUACUGAUGGCACCAGGGUGGAAGGUCUUUAUGAGCUCCAGGAUGAAGGCGCACCAACCGAGGCUGCAACGAUUGCUGCCAAUCGCCUCGUGGAUGCGUUGACGCCGGAUCAGAAACUAAGGGUUAUCCGUGAGUUGGACUCCGAGGAUUGGCGAAAAUGGACGAAUACUGAAAUUGUCGCCCACGAUGUCGGCUUACUGCUGGCCUCCCUCAAUCAAUCGCAGAUUGAUCUGAUAUGGGCAAUAUUUGGAUCUUCUCUUAGCCGAAAUGGUUAUACGAAAGUGAGGAACGCCGUGAAUAUCAAUAAGUACCUGGGGACAUUAGCCAACACUUCCGCAAUCCUCAAUGAAUUCAAUUACACCUUCAUGCUCUAUGGGAGGCCUUCUCUGAGUCAGCCCUGGGGAUUUUCACUUUCCGGUCACCACCUCAUCCUGUCAAUCUUCUUCGUUGAAAAUCAGAUGGUCAUCGGACCAGCCUUCAUCGGUUGUGAACCCAACAUAAUUGUCGAAGGCGCCAAUAAGGGAGAGGAGCUGUUCCAUCGUGAGACCAUUUUGGCCCUGAAGUUGAUGCAAAACCUCACUCCGGAGCAACAGAGACAAGCUCAGAAGACCGAUGUCAUCCAUGAACCGGAAAAGCCCGGCUGGAACGCAGUUGACCAGCGGCACUUGACUGGCACCUCUCAGGAUAAUCGCAUAAUUCCUUAUGAAGGUGUGGCUGUGAGCGCAUUGACGCUCGAGAGUCAAGACCUGGUCGUCUCGGUUAUAGAGGCUUUCCAAGAGCUCCUGCCCCCGAAACCGCUAGCCCACCGCCUUCGCCUCGUCCGUCAGCAUCUCUCAGAGACUUACUUCACAUGGACCGGGAAAUUCGGUGAUGAUGACCCGUUCUACUUCCGCAUCCAAAGCCCUGUCGUCCUGAUCGAGAUGGACCACCACACCGGCAUCUAUCUCACAAACAAGGAGCCUGGUAAAUUCCACAUCCAUACGAUCCACAGGCUCCCUAACGGCGGCGAUUACGGGCGAGAGCUUAUCCGGACGUGGAGACUAAAACAUCCUGUGAAGCCCGCAAUGCAACGCAUGGAGUACGUUCGGCCGUUCAACGAGGCAGCUACAGUGGACACCGGGUUUCCCAAGUACCGCGCGCAGAUCCUGUCCAGUCUAGAGAGCGCGAUCAUCCUAGCCAGCCACAUCGGCGGAGGGGGAUCUGGUCCGGGACUUCACUAUCACCACAGCGACCAGGCAUACUUCUUAGUCGAAGGUUCGAUCAAGGUCCGCCUUGGUGAUGUGGUACAUGACGUGUCUCCGGGUAGUCUUGUCUUCAUUCCGGCCGGGCUCCCGCACUGCAACUGGAACCCAGGACCCGGCAGCGAGACACACCUGGAGAUGAUCAUUCCGGCAACAGACCGCUUAAAGCAAAUCGCCUAUAUGGUCGACAGGCCCGAAGACGUGCCUCCAGAGUGGCAGACCAGCCGCAAAGGCUAUGUACGCCGCGUGGACCCCCGCUGGUUGACGGAGCCCCUCCCCGGGUUCAAGACAAUGUCGCUCGCCGACCCGUCGUCCGGGUGCGAUACCGCCGUCAUAUUAUAUGCCGAAGUUGGGCCUCAGAACGGCGGGCCGGGUACCCACGUGCACGAGUUCGACCAGUACUACUUCGUGCUGGAGGGUGAGCUGACCAUCGAGGUCGCACUGCAGAAGCACGUCGUCACCAGGAACAAGUUGGUCGUGCUCCCAGCGGGCGUCCCGCACCGGCAGUACAACAAGGGCGAGGUUGCCGAGAAACACCUCACUAUCAAUACACCGGCGCCCGAACCUGGUCGUCUUUGGGACUUUGGCGUGACGCUGGCACCUAAUGGCGUCGGGCAUUAUGGGAGCCUUACUGCGGCGCGCGAGAUCGAUGAUGGUGCUCUAUCGGCUGUGUAA